CCACAGUCGCACGCAGCGAGGCGCGCAGUGCCCGGCGCUGUCCCGGCGCCGCCGCCCGAGCCCGAGCCCGAGCCCGAGCCGACCCGCCUGCCCGCGCGCCGGCCGUGAGUCCCGGGGCCCGCCCCGCAGACAGACAGCCCGACCCCGCCCCGACCCCGCCCGCCCUCCGGACCCUGGCCGCCCCGAGUGGAGACGGGAGCAAAAUGAUGCUUCAACACCCAGGCCAGGUCUCUGCCUCGGAAGUCAGUGCGUCGGCCAUCGUCCCCUGCCUGUCCCCUCCUGGGUCACUGGUGUUUGAGGAUUUUGCUAACCUGACACCCUUUGUCAAGGAAGAGCUGAGGUUCGCCAUCCAGAACAAGCACCUCUGUCACCGGAUGUCCUCUGCACUGGAGUCGGUCACCGUCAGCGGCAGGCCCCUUGAGAUGACAGUCACAAAAACUGAGGUAGCCCCUGAAGAAGAUGAAAGGAAAAAGAGGCGGCGGGAAAGAAAUAAGAUUGCAGCUGCCAAGUGCCGCAACAAGAAAAAGGAGAAGACAGAGUGCCUGCAGAAAGAGUCGGAGAAGCUAGAGAGUGUGAACGCCGAACUGAAGGCCCAAAUCGAGGAGCUCAAGAAUGAGAAGCAGCAUUUGAUAUACAUGCUCAAUCUUCAUCGGCCCACGUGUAUUGUCCGGGCUCAGAAUGGGCGGACUCCAGAAGAUGAGAGAAACCUUUUUAUCCAACAGAUAAAAGAAGGAACAUUGCAAAGCUAAGCAGUUGUGGUAUGGGGGCAACUGGGGAGUCCUCAUCGAAACCUACUACAUCCCAAACCCUGAAGCCAUUGGAGAUCUGACUUCCUGUGCACCUCUCGCAUCCUGGCAGUGAAGGACCAUCGAGGCGGGAGAGCCCUUGAUGACUUAGCUGGGCCUUUCCUCUCUGCACCAGAGUGGACUUUGGACCAGGGCAAGGGCAUCUUUUGUCUCAAUGCCAAGAUUUAGGCCUUAACUUACUGGCUAUUCUUGGAUGCUGUAGAUGGCCCCUGGUUAGGGUCUUGCCCAUCUUUUGCCUGGAUUCUACAGAAACCAGGACUCUCACCAUUAGGACUCAUGCUCAAGAAGUGUCUGUACCUUGGGUGGGUGGAGUGGGGCCACGUCCUGCGCCGCCACUACCACUGUCACUCCUCGGGGACAUAGAGUGAGAAUGGCAUUUAGUGAAGUUGUACAAUGGCCAGGGUUGUGCUUUCUAGCAAACAUGCUGUUAUGUACGGGAAUUACUGUGUGCAAGGCAUUUGUGUCAAAGCUAGGCAUUGUGCUCUUCUGAUGUUUGUUUUGCACAACACCGGUGUGAUUUUCCUCAGAUCUGGCUGCUGAGAGUUUGAGGGGGCUAUCACCAUAUGCAGUGUCUUACAAAACGUUGAAGUGGCCAGAAGAGCUCAUCAGCUCCGGGAGAACAGAAUUCUGCUGGCGAGCAGUGCAGUUUUGUGUCAACAGAGAAAGCUGCCUUUCCCGUGGCAUCCAGGCAUUAACGCAGAGUUCAUGGGCAUGACUGCAGGUCCUCUGUCACAAACUCAGUUAUAAUGUCACAGGAAGAAAGCAGAAAGUCCAACUUCCAAAGGGCUAGGACUCUCCACUCAGUGACUUAGGUCAGGAGUUAUUUCUAGGCCAGCAGAGCCAAAGAAUAUUCCAUUUUCCUUUUCUUGCAGUUGCAAACCACAUUCAGUGGAGACAAGUUUGAAGCCAGGUGAUGCCUAGGCUUUAGCAUUAUUGGAUGUUAAUGGCAUUGUUUGUCAGGCGGAUGUUUGUAGAAAUCUGGCCCAGAGCAUUUAUUGCUGUGAGAGGUCAUUCACACUGGCCAUAGGACUCUGGCUACUGUCUGUUUAAAUUCUGAUGUUUCUGUGAAAUCCUCAGAGUGUUUAAUCCUACUUAAUAGUGUCAUUACAAUUUUCUGUAAGAGAAUAUAUUACUUAUUUAUCCUAGUAUUCCUAACCUGUCAGUACAAUAAAUAUUGGAACCAAGACGUGGUAAACUUAAGUGUUGUACUGGUUUCUGUUCUUUUUAAAUCAGUUGCUCUUUGAAAUCUAGUCAUUCCCCAUCCCCUCCCUCUCCAUUGAUGGGGAGGGGCGUUUAGCUUAAAAAUUCUCCCAAGUGUCAUCCCUUUGCUCUUUGGGGGGCCAGCAGGUGAGAUCGUUGACUUUCAACCCUGUUCCUUAGUCUGUGGCAUUGGAUGAUGCUCAGUUUCUCAUUGACAAGCCCUGGAACACGGCGCCAACCAAGUAUAACCUUUAGGCCGUUUGGUGUCAAGAUAGAGGUUUGAUAUAAAAUCCCAAUUGCAGGGCAGCCCCGGUGGCUCAGUGGUUUGGCACUGCCUUUAGCCCAGGGUGUAAUCCUGGAGUCCUGGGAUCGAGUCCCACAUCGUGCUCCCUGCACAGAGCCUGCUUCUCCCUCUGCCUGCGUCUCUGCCUCUCUCUCUCUCUCUCUCUCUCUCUCUCUCUCUCUCUCUGUGUGUGUCUCUCAUGAAUAAAUAAAAUCUUUAAAAAAUAAAAAUAAAAUAAAAUCCCAAUUGCUAAAUA